AUGGCCCUCCACAUCGGCGUGCUCCUCCUCAACACCCCCCAACUCCUCGACCUCGCUGCCAUUGACCUCUUCUACAUGACCACCCCAACCUACCUAACCGCCUGCUCCCUCCCGACCCCCCUCCUCUCCCUCGCCCGUCCCCUCACCAUCCACUACAUAGCCCCCCAAACCCCGGUUUCAACCACAUCCAACCUCACCAUUCUCCCCACGCACACACUCUCCUCUCCCGACAUCGCCCCUCACACCCUCGACAUCCUCCUGAUCCCAGGCCCGUCCCCUCAAGCCCACAUCCCCGAGGACAUCCUCGACUUCGUGGCCGCGCACCACGCGGCCGGCGCCGAUAUCCUGAGUAUCUGCACCGCGGCACUGGUCAUUGCGUCUGCGGGUGUAAGUGCCGGGCGGAGGGUGACAGGGCCGAGAUUGAUGAUUCCGGAAUUGAGGGCCAGGUUUCCGGAGUCGAAUUGGGUGGAUGGGAGGGUAGUGAGGGAUAGGAAUUUGUGGAGUUGUGGUGUGUUUCCUCUUCUUUCUUUUUUUCUUCUUCUUUCUCUCCUCUUUAUGCUGGGUAGUGACUGGUUCAGGUGGGAUUACGAAUGGGCAGGAUCUGGUGGCUGCGUAUCUGUGUGA